AUGAUGUUUGUAUAGAAGAAAAUGAUAUUCAGCACUGAGCAAGAUUUGCAUGCCGUUCAUGUACACCAUCUCCAUAUAAAAUGUAGGAUGGCCAUAUCAUGUCUUUUUUUUGUUUUGUUUUAUUUUGUUUAUCCAUUUGUUUGUCCGAAACUGAGCCUAGUAGAGAAGAUCAACCUGGCGCUGCUCGUUCCUGGCCCCACCUUGGUUUGGUGAUAGUAGUGGUAGUAGGAUUCACGGAAGCAACAACAGCAAGAAGCAUCUUUUUGUCAUUACACAGAAAGAAAAAUAACGAGAGGAAUGACAUUCAGCAUCCUGCGAACAAAAGUCCAAGUCUCAAAGAGCCAUAGUCAGAGUGG